AUGAAACCUUGGACUCUCCAGCUCCGGCUACGAAUCAUCCCAGAGCUUCGGCGAACGUCAAUUUACAAUGAUGUAAUAAAAGACUGUCACAUUGCUGCCGUAGGAGCUGAUCAAUUUGAGAGUCAAGGGGCUUCCUUUCAAGGAGGUUAUGAUUCUGGAUUAGGAGGUCACCAAGUCAGUGCAUCAUCAUUUGAAUCAUCAUCUUUUGGAGGUGGAUUU